GAGCUCGCCGAGGCGAUAGCCUCGGUGACGGCCGGCAGGUCAGACUCCUUUUCAGGAGUGACGCUGAGGUCGAUGGCGGACCAGGCCCUGGUGGGCACGGCGGCGGCCCAGGCUUUGAUCGGAGUCCCGGACCUCAAGCACCUCAAGUUGGCUUUCAAGGAGAAGGGCUUCAGGGUGCACGUCAGGUGCCAGGACGAUCUUCCUUUCGCCAACGGUGUCGGAGGGCGUGUCCGUCCGGUCGCCAAGGCUUUCGUACCAGUAUCAUUUCACGGCUGUGGGGUCCUGGAGUUUCUCGUGCUGCCGCAUCCCUGUCCUCCCUUGCUCCCAGCAGGGUUCCUGGACUUCAUGUCGGCCAAGAUCGACCUGGCGGCUAACCGAAUGACGGUGGGGGCGGACGACAUCGCUACGCUGAGUAUGACGAAGCUCCCGUCAGGUCACCGCACGAUCGGUCUAAUUGGCAAGUCCCCGUCAGAGUUCGUUCUCGACCCUGAUCUGGCCCAGAAGUUUCCGUCCUUUCGGAUCGGCUCGGAGAGCGCCUGGGUCAUGAGCGUGUCGAGCGGCGCAGACAGGUGGGAGCGGGGCGGCGACAAGCUGAGGCUGGUGUUCACCAAGCCCCGGCGCGCGAUGCCAGUGAAGAAGGAUCUGAGUGAGUCCCCUGUUCCGUCGAGCUUCUUGGGAGACGAGAUGGUCACGACCUGCAGGUUCAGGAAUCCCGACGGGAUCUACGUCGAGCACAUCUUCGAGGGCUCAGUCUCCGACCUGGAGGAUGAGGCGAAGCUCAUGCAGGACUACUGGGUCGGACACACGGAGUUUCAGGUGACAGUGCCGCCUGUGCAGGUGGUCAAGAAGGGCGCCAAGCCAGGUUCGAGGUCGGUGGGGAACUUGCUGGGACGCACGCGAGCCACGCUCAGGAACGCUGGCGGGCUCGCUCUGCCGACGCACUACGAGGAGCCGGCCGAGAGCGAGAUCGAGGAGAACUGGGGCGUCACGCCGGAUCCCUGGAGGGACACGCAGCUGCAGCAGAUCGACUACUCGGAGGUGGAGCUCAGCGAGGUCGAGAAGAGUCUAGUCAACGAGGGCGGGUUCAUGUUCACUCCGGCAGAGACAGGCUGGCGCCGUUUCGCGCUGAAGCUGCUGGCUGUACUGAUAUCGUGCGCUCAGUCGAGGCUGAUCUCGGUGCUGGCCCCCUCGGCGGUGUCGGCGAUCGCCACCAAGGAGAUCUACAAGGCCGAGAACUGCCUGCGCCCCCCGGAGCGUCGCAAGCGCCGGGCCAACCAGCAUGCUUUUUGGAUCGUCUGCCAGCUAUGCACCACGCGUCUCUCGUAUCAUCCCAAGACGGUCGAGGAGAAGCUCGAGGCCAAGAUCAAGAAGGAGUGCGAGAAGACCGAGAAGUCACGGAAGGCCAAGAACGAGCAGGACAGGAUCAGGGAGGCGGUGGAGGCCUACCACGCCAAGCAGGAGCACGUGAAGCAGGAGACCCUCGACGAGCCGGGUGCCCAGGAGGUUCCCCCUCACCACCCGAACUACCGCAGGGUCCUGCCCAUCAGCUCGGCGUGUCCAGUGUUUCCCAGCAGCGAGGAGCAUCCGGGAAUGCCGAACCCUCUCACCUGGAAGAUGCCGCCACCGAGGAAGCACGGGUCGCCGCAGGACUACGAGACGAUCGACCUCGAGGGACCGGCAGCGACGAAGGCACCUCCGACGGCACGCAAGUCCUCUGGGGUCGCGCACCUGACGCGUGGCCAGAACCCGAACCCGACGGGCGAGAGUCACAUGAUAGAGGCCCUCUUGCAGAACCAAGAGUCCAACCGCAAGGAGAUCCUGGAGUACAUGCUCGCACAGAGGCAGGAGUCGCAGGCGACGAGAGAGCGGUUCGAGCAGCUGAUGACGGUCCUGACGGCGAAUCUUCACUCAGGCGGAUCGUCGGCUUCGGACUCGGCGAGGCUUCCGAUCGGGCCAGCACCCAUGGAAACGCUGAGCGACGA